CAUAAGGAAGAAAACACACACAAAAUUUCACCUGUCAAAAACAAGUCAUAAUAUUUAAAGAUGUUGGUUUUUGCAAUAUGCAUAUAUGUGAUGUUUCCAUUGCUACAAAGUGAAAAGAUUGAAUUAUGUGAGAAGAAUUGUUUCAAUCCGAUGUCAUUUAACUGCUCUAUGCUCAGCGCUGAAAAAUUGGGAAGAUGUUGUAUCAAAGGGAAAACAGAAUCCUCAGUUGUUGGCUUAGAUUUGUCCAGCUGUCAUAUCACUUCUAUUGAAGACAUGUUUUACAGCUUCCAUAAUUUAAAGAUUUUAUAUUUACAAAAUAAUUCCAUACAAGUGCCAACUAUAGAAGCAUUCCAUGGCUUAACACAGUUACAAAUUUUGAAAUUACCUCCUAAGAUAGAUUGUCCAGGAGGAAGUGAGUUAUGGAAUGAUACACAACAUACAGAAGAUGCUGUUAUUUGUACAGGUGAACUAAGUUCAUGUACUGUUUAUAAUGUUUCCUGUCCUAAUGUUAACAGUUAUUGUGUUGAUGUUGGACCACAAGUAACUGAAUGUUUAUGUAAACCUGGUUACCAUGGUUACAAAUGUUUACGUCAGGGUACAUUUCCAACAUUAACUUUUGUGGUAGGACUUGGAGUUAGUACAGUUGUUAUAUCAGGACUUUUGUGGGUUACACAAAGGAGAAAGGCUAAAAAACAAGUGUAGAAUUUAUAUAUUGUCUUGAAAUGUCUAAGAUUCUCCACAAAAGAUGAUAGUUUUCCUUUGUGAAAUCCUACUACUAUAUAUUUAAGGUUACUUAUCAGUGGAUAUGUUCUACUAAGUUAUAUGAACCAAGAGACAACCUAGUGUUAAAUAUGACCUGCUGAAUAGUAAACCUAUUUAUAUCAAUAAAUUAUGUAACUGCAGUUACUUACCAGCUAACAUUAAAAAUAUUUAUUUACUUUAAUUAUUCAAUGUUUAAAAGCUCACUGUGAUUAAUGUUCAUGUAGAUAAUAGUGUCCUGACAUAAAUAAGUGUCCUUACUUUUCUCACAGAUGUGUAGGAAUUUUGCAUACAAAAUAUAUCUGAUGCCAACAAUUUGACAUUAUUUCUUAGUUUCUUAAACAAAUAAUGACAGAAAGAAGGGAAUCUUCAUUACAUAAACUUACUCUAAUAAGGUUGAUAUAACUGGUUGAAGCAGUUCAUGUUUUCUAUUGUUUUGAGCUAUACUAUAAUUUAAGUACAAAAAAUAGCUAGAUACCCUUUAAUGCUGAGUAUAACAACCUCAUUUUAUCACUUGGUCAGCUAAAAAUCUAAGAAAUGUUAAGAUAACAUUAAGCAGUGAAACUUUGAACUGAAAACUUUAUGAUUUGUUGUUGCUUGAAUUUACUGAUAAUAAUUUAUAUUACUUCAUACUACAACACUGAGAAAUUCUUAUUUACUAAUUAGAUAUUAUAUUGUUUCAAAUGUUUUCUGUGAAUAAUAGAAUUUGUAAGAAUACAUGUGCCAUUAUGUGAUACAGUGAUAUAUGUGUAUUGUUAGCACCAGAUUGAGAUUUAAUUCUUUUCUUAGAAUGAUCAUGUAUUAUCAUGUCCUGUCAGAUGAUUUUAUGUUAGAUCAGUAAAAUCAAAUACAAUAAACACAAGCUCUGAUGAAUUUUUAAAAUAGUGGAUCUUCGUAAAAAUAGUAUCAUUUAAAUUGAUGAUAUGUUGUACUGAAAUAUUCAUGACUUAAAAGUAUUUUUUCCAUGAAGAGUUUUUUUUUUUAAACUUGCUGAUAAUUUACGUAAGAAAUAAGUAUGACAAAAGAAUAUGUAGUACACAUGAAUCAUAUGAAAUACAUAUACACAUAAAACAUGCGUUGCUAUGUAAUUUUUAUAACAUAAUAAGCAGUACACUAUAGUAGUCUUUCUUACUGUUUAAACUUCAGCAUUAAUGUUACCAAAAAGGCAUUCAUCUUGUAAUCAUGAAAAUAGAAGUAAGUAAAAUCUAUACAGCCGAUAAGUAUUUAUGAUAAAUCUAUUUGGAUUUUAUGAUGCUAUUGAGACUCAUCAUUGAAUGUUUCAUGAUAUAAGAAAUAUAUUAAAUAGGGGAAGUAAGUUUCAUCUUCAAUAUAAUGUAAAUUUUAUAGACCUAGGUGUUUUUUUUGCCUCCACAAGGACAGAUUAUGUGAUACAUGUACAGUUUUACAACAAAACAUUAAAAUAAGAGUAAUUUUUUAUUAGAACAGACUUUAGAUUAUGCUAUAUAUUCAAAGGUUAAUAUUGAAAAAGACUGGUGAAAAAUUAAUAAUAGUUUCAUGGAUUUUCUAUCUAUAACCAUUGACAUAACUAGGUAUGGGUCACCGUUUUGCUCAUUGUUGAAGGCCUUACUGUGACCUAUAGUUGUUACCUUCUAUGUCAGUUGGUCUCUGUUUGAGAGUUGUCUCAUUGGCAAUCAUACCACAUCUUCUUAUUUUUAUAAGUAUGUUAAAAGAGGAGCAUCGGAAUUUCUCAUCAGGAAAUAUGUUUUCAAAUUUACUUUUAAAAAAAAAUAUAUAUCUCUUAACCGUUUUAACAGACAAAUGAGAUGCAUAAAUAUUUGUUCUUUCAUUUUUAUGAUUCCCUAAUUUGAAUUAUUCUUUAGUUACAAGUAUGUUCAAUUGUGUGUAUCCCCACUCACAGUGGAAUACUUACUUUAUUUGCAUAUUACUCAUUACUCAGAUUGUGUAUUGAAGAAUGAGUUAAAAUUUGGCUUGGAACUGUAUAUUGUUGUGUUUUACAGAGUUAGACAUUUUCAGUACUACCAGGCAGUUACAUCCAAUUAAGUGAUACUUUUGAGUUUUUAUUUUACCCUCUGAACCUGAAACUUUUUGCCAAUUUACCUGCAAUUUCUUCUUUACAUGUACAAAUUCUUUAUGAAGCAUUUGGUCUAGAAAGGAGGAUGGGAAGUUUUAGAUUUUAACCAUAUGAUUUAUAAUUUUAAGGUUUUGGACAACUUUGUCUGCUAAUACUACAGAGCUUUCAUUAAUAUACAAAAAGUUUAAAAAAAAAUAAUCAGCAUAUAAAGGUGUGAUUUAAAUGUAGCAAACAUAAGUUGCAUUUUUCCGUGGACAAAUGUCUUAUAAUAUUGUUAGUUUGUUAUAUGUAAUAUUUUCUUAAAAUACUCAUUUUACAUAAAUCAGGAUAAUUUGUUAAUAAAUGAAUUACUUUCUUUGGA